UAAAAACCCAUUCCAAAUUCCAACCAACAACUAACAAAAAUAGUAAAUUUUGGGGCUCAUGAUUUUGAUACAUUAAAAUUAUGAAACCCAAAGUAAGUACCGGCUAUUUGACUCCCCAGGGCAAGAAACCGAAACUUGCAAGCAAAAGACACAAUAUGUCAGUGCGAGAAGAAGAAAAUGAGACCCCAGAAAUCAACUCCCAGCUGGUCCAGGCCCUGCUGCAAAACCCUGAAAAGAAAAAAAUGAUUUUGCAGCUUUUAGCUUUAAACAAGGACGUUAUUGAGAAACACAGCAGUGGAAGCUCUUUGCCAAGUUCAGUUGAUAAGCUAAAAAGUAGAAAGGUUUGUGAAAGCCCUACAGCUUUGAUGAGACGCAGGGCUUUGGAGAAAAUGAACAACAGUCCAAAUGCAUCAAACAAUACCCUAUUAUCAAGACCCCAUUCGAGUAGCAGCGCCAGUACAUCCUCAACAACAACCCUAGACAAAGUUCUAGAAGGGGUAAAAGCCUAUGUUGAAAUCAAAGACAGGCACAAUCAAGACAAAUCCCAGGGAGCGAAAGAAAUCCUUAAAUCUAUGGGGGCCACUGUGGUGGACAAACUCAGCAGUGAAGUCACUCACGUAGUAUUCAAAGACGGUUCUUAUAAAACCUUCCAGAUGGCCAAACUGUUAAAGGUGCACAUAGUUUCGAUUUUGUGGGUGGAAUUCAGCAGGAAGACAUUGCAGAGGGCCCAGGAGAAACGGUUUCCUGCUAUCGGCAACAAGUUUGAGGAUGAAACUAUAGUUUGUUCACAAAUGCAUAAAGAAUAUGAAGACAUGAUCCGGGAUGAGUACAGAAACAGCCUCUUACAUGGUACCCCUCUGCCAUCAACUAAAGCUCUUAUAAAUCGCAGAAGAACUCUAAUGACCCCAUCUGUAUCCAAAAACGACUCCAAUAACUCUGAAUCAUCUUACAAGAGUGCAAUUUCUACACAGAAACAAAUUGCCACUAUAAAUGAAUCUCCUGACAAGGAAAACUUGAUAAUGAAUGAUCCAGAAGGUUUAUCUUUAAGAGAUUCUGAUAUGGAACUAACUAAUAUCCAAAAUGAGCAAACACCAAAACGUCCUUGUAACAUGUCUUUGUUUGAUACGCGGAAAACUAUUGGCCAUUCAUUGUGCUCAAGAACUGCUUUAGAAAGCAAUGAAAAAGCGCCUCAGCUUCGAGUUUCAAUUGAAAAACUUCAAUUAAAUGUAAGAUCUUCUUCAGACGAUUCUGAAGUAUGUUUACCUGCAACUAAAUCAAGAACAUCGUUGGCCAAUCGCCGCAAAACUUUGACUAUGCCAACUGCUGGAAUCAAAAGGCGCAAAAGUUUGGCUUUAGACAAACUACAAGGUGAUUCGGACAGUUCUUGUGAGGAUUUCCAAGCCAAAACUGCAACUAAAACACGCAAAACUUUGAGAAGAAUUACUUCAAGUGAUUCGAUCCCAUUUAACACCUCAUUGAGAACUGAAGAAUUGAUUAGUGCUGGGUCUUUGAAACGAUUGAAAAAAGCUAGAAAAGUAAAACAUAUUACUGGUGAUACUAGUGAUUCUGACAAUACUGAUAUUGAUGAAUCACUUACAAGAAUGAGAGAAGAACUAGUUAUUUCAGAGAGAAAUGAUUCAACUAGUGAUGGUACUGAAAAAGUUAGUAAAUCAAAAUUGACCAAAAAGCAUGUUACUGGUGGUGCUAGUGAUUCUGACCAGACUGAUAUUGAGUCUGUAACAAUAGUAGAAGCGACUUUAGACUCUAGUGUUGAGUCUUUGAAACGAGGUAGAGUUGAAAUAGCUGCCUUGGAAUCUAAAAAAGUAAUUGCUCCCAAAAAACAUGUCACUGGUGACCAUAGUAAUGCUAACAACACUGAUAUUAAUAAGAAAUUGACUUCAGAUUCUAGUACUAAUUCAUUGAAACAAGCUAAUACUAGAAAACUUAGACCAGCAAAAAAAAUGUCUACUCAAAACGAUCCAAUGAGUGAUUCAGACAAUGAUACUGAAACUAGAAGGGUUGCCAAACCUGCCCCAAAAUCGUUCAAAAAGCAUGUAACAGGUGAUUCUAGUGAUUCAAUAAAAUCGCGUAGGCUCUAUGAUCCCAACACAUCAGUACAUCUAAUUGAAAUCGAUGAUGAAAAAGAAAGGCAAGAGAAAAGGGAGCAAAACAAAAAACGUAGACUGAAACAAGCAGGCGACCAGGCAGGCUUCAUAAAUCCAGUAACUGUUUUACUUGAUAAAAUAGCAAAAAAUGCCACAGAAAGUUCAGACAGUUCUUCUUCGCCUCAAAAAACCCCCAAAAAACAACAAAAAAAGACGUCAAACAACAAUACAGACGAUGAACAAAAACAACUAUUAGACGAAGUCCUGAAAAGACCAAAAAAUAUAGAAUCUAGAAGGAAAUCUGUGAGGAUACUCAACAUUCAAAGUGCCAAAAAAGCAACCACCUCCAAACCAGCGCCUUCUACUCAGACUAGAAGAAGGAGCACCAUGGACUUUAUGUCAAGGACUCAGAUGAGUGCCAAAAAGAAAAUUAACAAAGAAAAAUUGCCUACAAUUGUCUGCACUAAGCUGCACAGAUCGGAAGUACAGGUUUUCACUCAAAUAGUCAAGAAACUGGGCAGAUUCGUUGUAGAAGACGAAGUCAGUGAAAAAACGACUCACCUUGUAGCAGGGGAAGCCAAAAGAACUCUAAACAUGCUCAGAGCGAUCGCCAGAGGCUGUUGGGUGCUCAAACACGAAUGGGUACUUCGUUCUUUGGAAGCUGGCAAGUGGCUACCAGAAGAAAACUUCGAGCUAGACGAUUUUUCUCCUGCAGUAAGGCACUGCCGUUUAGAGCGUCAAGCCUUUGGCGAAAACUACGCAAUGGAUGUUUUUGAAUCUUGUCCGCCGAUUUAUGUGAGUUUAGAGACCACGCCUCGGUGUUCCGACUUGCGAGAGUUGAUACGCACAUGCAAAGGCAAAGUUGUUACUAAUCCAAGGAUGGCUAUGAUAAUUGUGGGGCAAUACAUUGACGGGGAACAUGUUUGUGUUACUGAGAAGUGGGUGCUGGAUUGUGUUAACUUUUACGAAAAAAUGGAUUUGGAUGAUUAUUUGAUUGAAGCUGAUAAUAGGAAGAGAAAAAGCUUUGCAGUUUAAUUGAGUUGACUUAGAGAAUUCACAAAUUGCAUUUAUAUACCAUUUUAAGGAGUGUUUAUUAAUUUAUUUAUCUGUUUAAUCAUUUGUGUAAAUUCUAUUAUCUAUUUAUGAUUUAUAAUUAAUUUUGUUUUGGAAUAAAAAAUUAUUUUUCCUGUUAUUGUUGGGUUUGAUAGUAAAACACAUAUGAAAGUUCAAAG